UAGAAUAUAAAAAACAACGGAACAGGAAGGAACAUUACAGAUAUCGUUUCGGUCUCUUCAUUCAUAGAACCAGGGGUGUUUUGUUACUUUCUUUUUUUUUUCUUCGGACCACCAUCGCCAUGAAGCUAGGCACUUUUGUUCCAUUGCUUUGCAUGUUACUUGGUAUCGUGGAAUCUGAGGACGCUGUCGAUUCCGAUUGUGAUUUCUUCCAAGAAUUAGAACCAGGGCGUAAUUAUUAUGUAUAUAAUCCUAAUUAUCCAGAUUAUUACUUAGGUCAACAUAAUUGCCGAUGGAGAGCUAAGAGUAAUACACGAGUUAAAUUGAAUUGCUCAUUUUUCGAUAUUCCUCCGAGUGUGAAUUGUUCAAUGGAUUAUAUAAAAGUCAAAGUCGGCGAUGGUAUCGAGUACGUUUUUUGUGGAUUGGAUUCUUUCGUAGUGGAAUCGAUAUCAUCGGAAAUGACUAUAUUAUUUCAUUCGAGAUACAAUACUUACGGAGGCAAAUUUCGAUGUGAUCUCAGAAUGGUCGAAGAUAGUUGUAGAUGCGGUUGGAAGAAUCCGUCGAGAAUCGUAGGCGGUAUUGAAACAGGAGUAAACGAAUAUCCUAUGAUGGCUGGCAUCGUAAGUUUUCACACGCGUAUUCUAUUUUGUGGUGCAACUAUAAUAUCUCCGCGACAUGUACUAACGGCGGGUCAUUGCGUUCGGAGAGAAAAUCCUGAUGAUAUAGGAAUCAUUGUUGGAGAACAUAACGUAACGACAGGUAGCGAAACAAAUGUAACUAAAGUUCAUUUCGUCCAAGAAAUAAUCAUACAUCCGAGAUAUCAGUCAAAAAAUAACGAUAUAGCGAUUAUUAAAUCGCAAACGAAGUUUGAAUACUCCAUGAGAGUCGGUCCUGCGUGUCUUCCGUUUUAUUACAUGCAACGAAAUUUUACCAAUCAGCUUGUUACAGCCUUAGGUUGGGGUACAACGAGUUUUGGUGGUCCCAAGUCUGAAGUGUUGAUGAAAGUUAAUUUGCAUGUUAUAACACAGAAGAAAUGUAGUCAGAAGUAUCCUAAUAUCACAUCUAAUCAGAUUUGUACAUACGAUAAGGGAAAGGAUGCUUGUCAGUUCGACAGUGGUGGCCCAAUAUUAUGGCAAAAUCCAAGAAGCAAUCUCAUUUUCGAUCUUGGAAUAAUCAGUUAUGGUUCAACCUGUGCCGAUGAAAAACCUGGUGUUAAUACGAGAAUCACCAAUUAUUUGGAUUUUAUUAUAAAAUCGACUCCCGGUGAAACAUACUGUCAGGUGUAUUAAAGGAGGACUCGGAUCGUAUAUGUGUGUGUGUGUGUAUAUAUAUAUAUAUAUAUAUAUAUAUAUAUAUAUAUAUAUUACAUAAGACAGUUAAAAUGGAAAAUAUGUAUUUUUGAUGUAGGCAUCAAAUAAAUUUUCUUAACACGAAAUUUGAAGUGGGUGUUUAGCGAUGUCGUUCGUGACGAUCGAGGUCACGACCCUGAUCUGCUUUGCGCUCGAUAUUCUCGAUCAUGCGUUUAAGGCUCCGAGGAGCAAUAGGGUCCGAUAGAAACUGCGUGGCGCGAUUUAACUCUUACUCUAACAUAAGUGUAAAUUGAACGCGUUAACGACCGGAUAUUUGAAGAUAUUAACUUACAUGUAAGCGUUUCAUACACGAAACCAACAAAAUUUCAUUUUUGAAGAAAUUCAAAAAAAUGAUCGUCGAAUCGAGAAAUAUCUAGAUCUUACGUUCGAACUACGUUUUCGUUUUAUGAUCUUGACUCUGAUUCUACGAUCUUAAUUUUUUUCUUUUAAUACCUAAAUUAGAAAAAGAAAAGAAGAAAAAAUAAUGAUAAUAAUUAACUGAAAUUUGAAGUUAUUUGGAGCAAUCAGCUGAUUCCUAAUUCUUUUGACUUGAUAAAAACUACGUCCUUAAUAGAGAUUAUCUUGAAUCAAGAGAAGGCAACAACAUUGAUUGUUCAGUAAACAAUGCCUCGUUAUUGCUAAGUUCGCGAAUGAGGAUGUGACGUAGAUCGGAGUAGGGAAGGGCUUCCGCAGUCUGUACCUACUACGUAUACGAUUACGUCAACGAACCUAGAAGCCACUUGUAUUAUUAAAUGAUCUAUGUCGUUAAGUAAUUUCCACUUGAUACAAGAUUCUUGUUACUUCUUUCUAAUAAAUAUAUACGUCGAUAUUCAAUUCAUUAAUAAAAACCUUAAUGACGACGAAAUGAU